AGCAGGUCAUCUACACGUGCGGUUACUGUAGCCGCGAAGACAGUUGCAGCAACGAGCAUCUUUCACACGUUACUACUCAUUGCGCUGGGUCCAACGAUGUCGUGGAGAGUCACAGCAGGGAAGCCCAACAGGCCAAGAAGCGAUACGGCAGAGGCGGCAACGGCGGCAGCACCACCGAGGCCCAAACAGCAGCGUGGCAACCCGAAGAAGCUUAGUGGCAAUGCGUUCGAGGAGGAGGAGAUCAUCCUCGUGCAGAAGCUCAGCUCCAACAGCGCCCAGAUAAUUCGCCAGGUGUCGGGCAGCCUUGGACGUAGCGCCGGCACCUGGUCCCUCCUGGGACCAGGUGAGGGAACGCGGCAGUGGACGCGGGGGCCGAUGUUGGCGUCACAUACGCGGAGCGCGCCAAGGAGAAACGCGCGAAGCAGAUGGGCCCGCCACACCUGCACAUCGGGAUCGACUUCUUCAUGGAACUGAGCAGGCCGGACAAGCUGCAAGGAAAACAUCAAACCAGGCUAGAGGAGUUCCGCAUGCUGACAGAGUUCACGUCGAUGAACGACUUUGGAGACAUCGUGAGCUACUUCCAGGUGAAGAAAUCCUACGCCGUCAGUGGCCAGGCCGCGAAAUCGAAUGUAUGCCUCAUAUCCAACAGCAUGGCAGCCUUUCCGUGGAGCGCACACUGGCAGGAGCAGCCCAAUGCCAUUCGGACGGGAAGUCAAGAGGCCGAGGUUCAGCUCGGCAAAUACACGCUGGCGGAUCUGCAGCGGGUCACAGUGACAGCGUUCAAUGAGCAAGGCGCAGAGAUGAUCCAUGGAGCCCCUCCCCUACCGGGGCUCGAAAGGCAGACCCAGGCGGCGCUCGGGGCCAGGCAAGAGUGCAGAUCGAGUGAACCUUGACGGCCUAAGGCUGAUGGCAGCAAGAGGCAGCACGAGAGCGAUAGAGCUUUUGAGGAGACAUUGCAAGCAGUAGGGGCGCAGUGAACAAGUGACAAGUGGCCACGCGAUGAGGGCCCAGCGCAGCAGUAAAGCCACAGUCGCGUGUGUUUUUUUGUUGGUCGGGUCCUCAUGGUUUCUCCCUUUCGUGUUCCGG